AUGUCCACUGGAGGAAGGUUUGACUUUGAUGACGGGGGGUCGUACUGUGGAGGGUGGGAGCAGGGCAAGGCCCAUGGCCGGGGGGUCUGCACAGGGCCACAGGGUCAGGGGGAGUACGCUGGGGCCUGGAGCCACGGCUUCGAGGUCCUGGGCGUCUACACCUGGCCCAGUGGGAAUAGCUACCAGGGCACGUGGGCGCAGGGGAAGCGCCACGGUGUGGGCGUGGAGAGUAAGGGCCGCUGGGACUACAGGGGGGAGUGGACGCAGGGCUUCAAGGGACGCUACGGCCAACUGGAGAGCACGGUUAGCGGGGCCCGUUACGAAGGGACCUGGAGCAACGGCCUGCAGGAUGGAUACGGGACUGAGACGUACUCCGAUGGAGGUACGUUCCAGGGCCAGUGGCUGGGGGGGAUGCGGCACGGCUAUGGGGUCCGGCAGAGCGUGCCAUACGGCAUGGCGGCCGUCAUCCUCUACCCGCUCCGCACGUCCAUAAACUCCCUCCGCUCCGAGCACAGCCACGGCCCCCCCACCCCGCUGGAGGACGGCACCGGGACCGCUGUCUCGCCUGCCGACGGGGUGGUGGGGGGCGGGCUGGUCGGGAGUCCUGUGGGGAGGGGGGGCUUCGCUCUAACUGCGCCCAGCGAGGCUGACCGUCGAGGGAAGAGGAAAGGCCGUUUCCGUCAGUCGAUCCUGAGUGGUCUGAAGCUGCGUCGCUCCGAGUCCAAGAGUUCCCUGGCCAGCCAGCUGAGUAAACAGAGCUCGUUCUGCAGCGAGGCCGGCAUGAGCACCGUCUCCUCUGCCACCUCCGACAUACACUCCAACGCUAGCCAGGAUGGCGAGCAGGGUGCUCCUGUGGAUGCCACGGUCACCGAGGCCUACGCCGGCGAGUGGCGCAGCGACCAGCGGGCGGGUUGGGGCGUGAGCCGGCGCUCCGACGGUCUACGCUACGAGGGGGAGUGGGUGGCCAACAAGCGCCACGGUUAUGGCUGUACAACGUUCCCCGACAGCACCAAAGAGGAAGGGAAGUACAAGCAGAACGCGCUGGUCAGCGGGAAGCGGAAGAACCUGAUUCCUCUGAGAGCCAGUAAGAUCAGGGAGAAGGUGGAGCGGGCUGUGGAAGCGGCUGAGAAGGCUGCAGACAUCGCCAAGCAGAAGGCAGAGAUCGCAAUGUCCAGGAUGAGCCACGCGAGGGGAAAGUCGGAUGCAGCUGAAGGUGUGGCCCUGAAGGCUAGCGAGGAAUGCCGGAUGGCCAGGGUCGUUGCCAAGGAACUCUCGCCGUCCUUCCAUAUCCAUGGAAACGGUCUGGAGUGCCAGCGGCCCAAUAAGCACCAGGACAACAAAGACCACGAGAUCGUUUCCACGGGAACUGACAGUCCUGAGCUGUGCACCCCGGACACCACGCCUCCCGUGAUAACGCCUGACCUCAGCCCAGUCCUGAGCGUCCCCCCCUCGCCCCCCCGCAGCCCGCCGACCUCUAAACACGGCCACUCUCACCGUCCCAGAAACGCCUGCUUCAUGCGGCAGAGCGCUGUGGACGACCAUGGAGGAGCAGAGAUACAGGUGCUAGUGGAGGGGCGGGGCAUGGAUCUCCAGAGGGGAGGAGCUAACAACUGGACAGAGGACAUGUAUCCAGACCGGGGGGGUCUCAGCAGCCAAUCCCCAUCUCUACCUGAGGAGCAGGAGGGACAAGUCAACGGUCACGAGCAGGCCCCGUCCAACCACAAACCGAGGGAGAAGGCCUCGACCAACCACAAGUCCCGGGAGCACACUUCCUCUUCCUAUAGGUCGUGGGAGCACUCUUCCUCGUACAACCAGAAGCCCUCAAAGCACACCUCAUCCAAUCACAAGUCGAGGGAGUACAUGCCUUCCAAUCACAAAACAUGGGAUCAUUCCUCCUCCACCAAUCACAGGGCCUGUGAGAAUGCCUCUUCCAAUUACAAGCAGCAGGUGCACAUUUCAUCCAAUCACAAAGCCUUGGAGCAUAACCUGUCCAAUCACAAGACUUCUGAGCAUGCUUCUUCCAAUCACAAGUCGUGCCAAGAUUAUACCUGCUCCAAUCACAUCCCAAAGGACCAUGUCUCCUCAGCCAAUCACAACGACCCCCGAGAGCAUGUGUACUCCAACCACCAUUUCAAGCAGCAGCACAUCUCAUCCAAUCACAAGCUUAGCAAGCAUGCCUUGCCCGACCCUGGGCUCGACAGCCCCGCAGGGGGCUGGACUGCCGACGACGCCCUGCGGUGGAGCCCUGCCCACUCGCGCCUCACGGACCGAGAGGAGGAGGAGGACAGGCUGGGAGACUACACAGUAGACAUGAGGUUCCAGCCCCUGGACUCCACUACCCAGAUGUCCCCUGGCCCGGGCCCCAAAAGCAGGUUGCGCCCGCGGGGCCAGCGGCCGUUCAAGGAGGGCUCCAUGGACUCUGUACAGAUGCUGGACACUCUGAAUGUGGGGGCAGAGCAGGAGGAGUGGCCCCUGCAGAGGGACCUCACUCUCUCCCCGCCUCUCAAGUCUCAGCCAAUCACCUUGGAGCAGGACGGGGAGCACCUCACCCUCAAAUCAAACUCAGGCUCCAGCUCUGUCCUGGUUGUCAUGGUUAUUUUACUCAACAUUGGAGUAGCCAUCCUCUUCAUCCAUUUCUUUAUUUAA